ACCAAAGGUGCAGGUGGUGAAAGAUAACAAACAUAUGACAAUGUCUCGAAAUUAAGAGGCACCACCACACAUACACACACACUCUCUCUCUCUAGUAGGUUUGUGUUUUUAAAAUCAAUAUUUUUGUUGGAUUCUCAUGUGAAAUAAAACUUGAUGGGUGAUAGGAAACAAACACACAUACGUCAUCAUCAUCCUUAAUUUCUAUUUCUCCUUCUUCUUCAUCAUCAAUAUCAAUCUCAUCUUCCACUACUCCUCCCCUCUAACAAUAAGCAGCAUCUCUAUAAUCCCUAAGAUUCACAAUGGAGCUUGGAGGAAAAUGCAAUGCAAUUACAACCACAACAAUGAUCUCAACAGAAGUAAAGCCACAUACGGAUCCGGAACCAGAAGCCAAACCCGAAUCAGAUCCAUCCAUGGCUUUAUUCCCGAUCAAGAAAGAAAACCAAAAACCAAAGACACGUGUCGACCAAGGAGCUAAGUACCGGGAAUGUCAGAAGAACCACGCGGCCUCAACCGGAGGACACGUGGUGGACGGAUGCUGCGAGUUCAUGGCCGGCGGAGAAGAAGGUACACUCGGUGCUUUAAAAUGCGCCGCCUGUAACUGUCACCGGAGCUUCCACCGGAAAGAAGUGUACGGACACAGGAACAGUAAACAAGAUCAUCAGCUGAUGAUAACUCCGGCGUUUUACAGCAGUAACAGCUCGUACAAGCCACGUGUAAUGCAUCCAACGGGUGAGAUUGGACGGAGGACUUCAUCUUCAAGCGAGGAUAUGAAGAAGAUUCUGAGUCAUCGUAACCAAAACGUUGAUGGGAAAAGUUUGAUGAUGAUGAUGAUGAGGAAGAAGAAGAGAGUGAGGACAAAGAUCAAUGAAGAACAAAAGGAGAAGAUGAAGGAAUUUGCAGAGAGAUUAGGGUGGAGGAUGCAGAAGAAAGAUGAAGAAGAGAUUGAUAAGUUUUGUAGGAUGGUGAAUCUGAGGAGACAAGUUUUUAAGGUUUGGAUGCAUAAUAACAAGCAAGCAAUGAAGAGAAACAAUAGUAACAUUAGUGAAUAGUUUGAUGAUCUGAUAAAAGUGAAAUAAAUUUUUACAAUCCUGUUUUGCUUUUAUAUAUAAUUUUUGCCCUUCAAAUUAUUCAAAAUCUUGAGUAUAAAUCUGUGGAAUCUUGUAUGUUUUGAUUGUUUUAUAUUGUAUCUGGGAUUAUUUUUUUCUUUUACUUAAUUUGUGGUUGAACAAAGUGAUAAAAUUGGACCUUCAAAUAAAGAGGGAAAAA